AUGAGAAGCACAGUGAUUCUAUUUACACUUGUUCUCUUAGUUCUUUCAAGUGAAGUUGUUAAAGUGACGUAUGAGGUGUCCCACAAGGACAGAAAGGAGUUAGAGAAGAAGGCUGAACAGAGAUUUGCCGUCGAGUUCCUCCGCAUUAAGAAACAUCAGGACCAUUUAAAACAACACCUGAAGAAGAAAAUCUCCGUGUUCAAGGCGAAUAAAGAGACGUACCAGAAAGUCCGCGACACGACGUUGAAUGAGAAGAAAGAGGCAACAAAGGUCUCUUUGGAGUACUUGGAACAAAUUAAGGCACUUGACCUCGAACCGGCUAAAGUGCGUUUAGAAGCGAAGAAGAACAACAAAACGAUGGCAGAGGCAGAUCAGUUAGUGAGCGAUGCUGUUAAAAAGGCGAUUGGAGAGAAACUGAAGUUGAGCAACAAGCAGACGAAGAAUAACUUGAAGGUCGAGAAGAUAGCGAAGAGACUCCAACACUACGAGAACAAAAUCAAUAAGGAAAAUCGACACUUGAAGAGAGCCGAAUUCAAACUGACAAAGUUACACGCCAAAAUAGCGUCAACGAAGACGGACCUCGACACGAAGAAGAAGAGAUACGUCGCUAAGAGAAUGAGACAGCUUGAGAGGAUUGCCAGAGUCAAAGCGAUCAAGAAGAUGAUCAAAAAGAUCGAAAAGAAGCUUGACAACGUUGAGAAUGAGGGGGAGAGAAAGAAACUUAUUAACAAACAGAAGGUUGCUAAGACUAUGUUAGUCAAGAUUGAGGCUCGAGUGAACAUCCACAAGACGAGAAAAGCACAAAAGAAGGCGAGAUGGAACUCCAUCACAGCUACUAUUAAGAAUAUGAAUAGAUAUAUUAAGGGCUGGAAAUAUGACCAAAAAUUGAGAAUUUUGGAUGUUGCAAAGGCGACUGCACAAGUCAAUGGAUUACAAAAGAGCAUUGAAACUAUUAUUAAUCAAGCGAAGAAAACGCACAAGGUCGACACUGUUGAGUUACAAAAGGUGGUUGAUAAGAAAUCUGCUGCGAUGAAUCAACUUGACAAAGUCAGAACUGAACUUGAGGAAUUCCAGGAGAAAGGAGAGAAGAGAAUACGAGUGUAUCAAUACUCAAUUUUGAGACAAAAGAUGAACGACGCUAAAAUUAGAAUUUCACAACACAGACUCUCUAAGGACGCUGCGAAGGUCACUAAAAAGGAAUAUAUGACAAGAAUCCAGAAGUUGAAUAAAUUGAAAAGAAGAAUGGGACUUUGCCCAAUGAACAGACUUCGAAUUAAGAGAAGAUUAAGAGUAUAUAAGAAGGAAGUUAAAAUAGCGACGGGGAAGAUCAGAAGAAACAACAAGAAGAUAUUGAGACUUGAGAACAGACUCUCAUCGCUUGAGAGAAGGUUCAGAAAGAUACAAAAGAAGAGGAUUGCAAAGAUAGUCAUCACUAUGAGCCGAUUGAAAGGCAAGUUGAACCAUUUGAGACAAGAGAUCAUGGCUAUUCGAGUCAGAAAACAAAGCGGACAAAAGGAGAUCUUGUUGGUGAAGAUGAGAAACUUACAAAUCCAAGAGAAACAAGUGAAGAACACACUGAAGAGAUAUCAUGGAAGAAACGGCCACGUCUUGAGAAAGCUUGAGACCAUCAGAAAGGAAGAACUUGCAGCAGCAAAGAAAUUCUAUAAGGACAAGAAGAAGAUGUACAAACGUGUGAAAGUUGUUAUCAAGAGACUAACAAAGAAGGUUGAGGUCUUCAGUUCACAAGUCAAAGAACACAAUGGAAGUCCAUUCAAACAAGUUAAAAUGAUGAGGAAGAUGAAGAAGUAUGUCAACAAACUUGAGAAGGCGAAGGAACUGAAGAAGAGUUUGAAGAUUAAGAAGGACACUGCACGAUCGAAAUAUGAAGUUUUGAAAACUAAGGCGAUCAAUAGAUUGCACACGAGAAGAAGCCAAAUGUACGCUGAACAGACUUGGAAAUUGUCUGAGUUGAGACAACUUGCGAAAUCCGAGAAGGACACGACGACUUUGAUUAAGAAGACCACCGACUUCAAGACGAUGAAGAGUUUGAACAAGGAAUUGAAGUAUGUCAGAAAGGACGGAAAGAUGAUUCAACUUGAGUUGUAUAAACUAGUCAAGAAGAUCUCAAAGGUCAACCAAUUGUUUGUGAGACACAGCCAAUACACCGCGAUCAGAAGAGCGAAAGUCAUCUUUAAGAAGUACAACAAGAAGUACUUGAAAUUUGAAUUGAAAAAGAACCAAUUGAAGAGAAAAAUGGCGAAGUAUCAAGACCAACUGAACGAGAUCUUCAAGAAACAACCAUAUGUCACACAGACGUUGGCUAAGGCUGCUUUGAAUGAUCGACUGAGACUUGUCAAGACAUCACUUGGAGACUUACAGACCGACUACGCGACUGCGGAAAAACAACAAAAGAGACUCAUUGUCAGAACCUUGAGACUUUCGAAGGAAUACUUCAACUUGCUCAAUGUGAAGUUGUCUGACUUGAAGACGCGACUUGGCAUUAAACAACAACAAAGACCAGUUGUCUCGAAGAAGGCACUUUACACGAUCAACCCAGAUGUACAGAAGAGAGCCAUUAGAAACUUGAAGGUUAUCGACUCCGAUAUUGAAGAUUUGGACCACUCGAUCGACAAAACACAGAAGAAGAUCAAUAAGACUGCAUACGUCAUCAAUAAGUUGAAGGCCGCACUGAAACCAAAAGGAAAGAAGUGCAUGAAACAGACCGACUGUAAGAUCUGCAGAAAGCUUGGAAAGGUUGCGAAGUACGGAAUCACUAGACAUGAGUCUGACUCGAUCAUCUUGAAUAGACUGAGAGGCGUCUGCACAAGAAUUGCUGCUGAUAGACAGAAGGAAUGUUAUCACCAGGCGAUGAACAUGGCUAUGAAGGCGUUGCACACGUUCGAUCCGGCUAAGUUCGAAGUCACUGAAGUUUGCACACAACUUGGAAAGUGUUAA